AUGGUGGAGCAAGCGACGGUUGCCCGUCGCAUCACGCACGUCAUUUUCGACAUGGACGGCCUCAUUCUCGACACCGAGGGUCUGUACACGGUGGCUCAGCAGCGCAUUCUGUCGCGAUUCAAGCGCGAGUUCACGUGGGCGCUCAAGGUCAAGAUGAUGGGCAAGAAGGCCGCAGAGGCAGCAAAGGUGGUGAUAGAGGAGCUGGGGCUGCAGGGGGAGAUUAGCGCGGAGGAGUUUCUAAAGGAGAGAGAGGCGCUGCUGAGGGAGGAGUUCCCACACUGCAAGCUAUUACCAGGAGCGGAGCGCUUGAUUUGGCAUCUACAUGCGCACAACAUUCCCAUGGCCAUUGGCACUGGCUCCCACAAGAUCCACUUUGGACUCAAGACGGCCAACCACACGGCCCUCUUCUCUCUCAUGCGUCACUCUGUGCUCGGAGAUGAUCCCGAGGUUGUCAAUGGCAAGCCCGCUCCGGACGUCUUCAGAGUGGCAGCUGCAAGAUUCGAUCCCCCACCGUCACCAGACAACGUGCUUGUAUUUGAGGAUGCUCCACUGGGCGUUGAUGCUGCCAGGAAUGCUGGAAUCUUUUCAGUCUGUCCCUUUGCGCCCGCGUUUUUCCGUCCCGUCGCCCACGCGAUCUCCUCUCACCUCCCUUACCCACGCGAUUGUCGCCGCCCUUCCGUGGCUCGUCCCGCUGCCUUCUCAUCGCCCAUCCCAUCGUCCAUCCCGUCGCCCAUACCAUCGCCCAUCUCGUCGCCCAUCCCAUCGCCCAUCCCGUCGUCAAUCCCGUCGCCCUUCCCGUCGCCCAUCCCAUCGCCCCUCCCUCCGCCCUUCCUAUCUCCCCUCGCCUAUCCUCUCCCCCGUCGCCCUUUCUCUCCCCCGUCGCCCUUUCUCUCACCCGUCGCCCUUUCUCUCUCCCGUCGCCCUUUCUCUGUCACGUCUGUUGGGCUGAAAAAGCCCUUAGGAUCUUUGCAGAGGUGA